AUGAACAUAGCGCACCACAGACACCACGCUGCCACAAAGCACUACACAACACACCACACACCAGCACAGCACUACACAACACACCACACACCAGCACAGCACUACACAACACACCACACACCAGCACAGCAUUACACAACACACCACACGCCAGCACAGCACUACACAGCACACCACACACCAGCACAGCACUACACAGCACACCACACACCAGCACAGCACUACACAACACACCACACACCAGCACAGCACUACACAACACACCACACGCCAGCACAGCACUACACAACACACCACACGCCAGCACAGCACUACACAACACACCACACACCAGCACAGCACUACACAACACACCACACACCAGCACAGCACUACACAACACACCACACACCAGCACAGCACUACACAACACACCACACGCCGGCACAGCACUACACAACACACCACACACCGGCACAGCACUACACAACACACCACACACCAGCACAGCACUACACAACACACCACACGCCAGCACAGCACUACACAACACACCACACACCAGCACAGCAUUACACAACACACCACACACCAGCACAGCACUACACAACACACCACACGCCAGCACAGCACUACACAACACACCACACACCAGCACAGCACUACACAACACACCACACGCCAGCAUAG